AUGACUCUGCCUUUUCCCAAAGUGACACUGGUCCUUGAGACAAGCUUCCUCUUGGGGAAUGCUCAGAUUGUGGAGUGGCCCGUCGUCUACAGCAACGAUGGUUUCUGCAAACUCUCCGGGUUCCACCGCGCAGAGGUCAUGCAGAAGAGCGCCACCUGCAGUUUCAUGUACGGAGACCUCACGGAUAAAAAGACCAUGGAUAAAGUUCGAGAGGCGUUCGACAACUACGAGUCGGACUGCUUCGAGAUCCUGCUGUACAGAAAGAACCGGUACAAGUACUGUGAGGAGUACAAGUACUGUGAGGAGUACAAGUACUGUGAGGAGUACAAGUACUGUGAGGAGAACAAGUACUGUGAGGAGUACAAGUACUGUGAGGAGUACAAGUACUGUGAGGAGUACAAGUACUGUGAGGAGAACAAGUACUGUGAGGAGUACAAGUACUGUGAGGAGAACAAGUACUGUGAGGAGUACAAGUACUGUGAGGAGUACUGUGAGGAGUACAAGUACUGUGAGGAGUACAAUUGGAAAAAGCCGGCCUCAGUGACUCCAAUUCACCUGGAGCCUCCACCCAAAGAAGAACCAGCGGUGGAGCAGGUGUAG